AUGAUAGGAUCAGGACCGACCCGCUUCAGCGACCGCUACCCCUGGAAGCAGUAUCGAGACACCCAUUUACACACCGAAACCGCUAUUCGUCACUUGGAGUUUUCUCAAGGCGUUUGCGACGAGAUCAGCGCAACAGACCCAGGCCACCCCGACGAAUGGGACGAGCUCACUCACCUAGCCUCCGAAAAUGGAGAGAGCCAGUUUGUUUUCCAGCUAUUACAGCUGACCGGAGGCUACAUGGGCGACCCAGGCCUCUGGACAUUUGGAAGGGUGCAAAGCGCCGCCCCUGCAUCUAUUAUUGUCACUGUGCCAGUGUCAUAA